CGAAAUAUUUCCAAUUGUUGCCAUUAAUCUUCGUUCUUCACUUCAACCGCGCAUUCAUUGAUUUCCCUCCGUAUCUAAGCUUCCGUUACAAGUUUUUCACCUUUUGUUUGAAUUUUUGAAAAUUUCAGGCUUUGAUUCGCAUUUAUUUGCUUGGAGAAUGUGGAGGUGUUUCGCACUUCAAUCCCUGAUUCUGCCUUACUUUUGCUGUGAUCGCCUUCUUCUCUAAUUCGAAUUCUUUAUGCUUUAAUUACGCGUAGCUGGUUUGAGCUGGAAGCUUGAAUUCAUCAAUCGAACUCGUUGGUUUUUCUCGCUGUCGAUGCUUUCAAUCAUUUUGCGAUUAGGGUUUCGGUUGUAAAAAGGAUUGCUAAUCUGAGUAAAUGCAUGAAAAAUCACAGAAAUAGAAGGUUUUGCAAGGUUGUCUGAUUUUUGUUGAGUUGAUAUGUCGGGACCUGAAUUCAACCCGGUUCCUGGAGAAUUCGGAGUUACGUUCGUUCUCAAGGAUUUUAUCGCUGAUCCUGUCUUAUCUUAUGGAAAGUGUUGUUGCCCCAAAUUGUUUAUGCGAAUUUUAUGUUUUUUUUUUAUAGCAGGAUCGAAGUUUUCUAGUCAUUGAUUAUACUGCUUUUAUCUGAGGAAGAUCAUGGUACUGGUAACUUUGCGGAUUUAUAUUCGGCGGCUCGUGUUAUGAGGGUAUUCGGGCUUACGUUUGUGUUUUGAUGGAGAGUUAUUGUAUUGUCCUCCACCGAAUGAGAAAUGGAUCCAAGGGAAGAAGUUUUUGUAACGGACAGAGAUAGGCAGGAAGGCAUUUUGGUUGUUUGUCGUAAAGACGAAGUGAGAGGAUACCUGAAGGUAGAGGAUGAUGUGGGUGACGGCAGAGGAAGUGUUGCUUAUGGACCCAAAAAUAAAGAUGAAUCGAGAACGCCGAGUAAGGAUGAAAUAGAACAUGUACGUUACACAUUGGGUACGAGUGAAAAAGAGAAUGAAGGUGGGUCACCAUGGAGAGAUGAACUGAAUCCAAGUGAUGGGGAAGUCGAAUGGAGUACUUCAGCGAAGGAUGAGGAAAAUGACUAUCUGGAGACACAUGGGAAGGAAGAUGAAAGAGACACAUCGAGUUCAUGUGAAAAAGAUGAUCAACAAAAUACAUCGACAAAAAAUGAAAGUUAUUCCUUGGAUGUAGGUGCAAAGGAAGAUGAACAUGAUUGUUUGAACACGGAUGGAGAAAAGGAUGGAUGGGAUGCCUCCACAAAGAGGGACAUCGAAGAACAUAGAUUGGAUGCAUUCGAAUGUUUUGAGAAAGAAGUCGAGUGGAACUCUCUUAAGCAACACGAAGGGAAAGAAUCAAAUGAUGCUUUGGAGAGGGUAAGAAGGGAAGAAGGAGGUACUCUGUUGUGGAGCGAUGGAAAACAACGACACAGUUUUACAUCAAGGGAUAAAAAAGAAACUUACCCAGGUUUCCUGGAGAGGGACAAUGAGGAAGAUGACCCGAAUGCUCUUAGGAGAGAGAUUGAAGAAGUGAGAACACAAAUGCCAAAUUGUCAAACUGUAGAAAACGAAUUCCAUAACCUGAAGAGGGAUGGAAGAGAAGAAGAUUUGAUUGUGAAUGAAAACGAGGAUGAGAACAGAGUAUUUGAAAAGGAUGGUGAGAAUGAUCCGAGUUUGAGUUUGAAGGACAAGGAUGAUGAACAAGUGAGUCCUAGGAAUGAGACAAAAGUAAGUGAACAAAGUGUCAGAAAGCCGGAGACUCCAGUAGAAACUGGAGAGCAAGACCUGUCUUCAUCUGUAUCAGGCGCAGUUAGAGUAGCCCGAGGGGCAUUUCAAAACAUAUACUUUUCUGGACCAGUCUUACCACAGCCACCCACGCUGAUACACAGGCGCACCCAAAGUGAGACUGGGACCCCUGGACUCAGGCGCACAAACAGUUUCCAGAGAUUGAAAACGCAGAUGCAGAAGGCAUGGCGUGGGGUCAGCAAUCUGCGAGAGGAUAGUAGGCCAAGUUUCAACCCUGAGGUACUAGCAGACCAGAAAAGACAGUGGUACCAGCUACACUCUUCCAAAGCUCUGGAUCGAAAAAAAUUUAAGGAGCCAACCUCACUUUUCGAACAUUUUAUCAUCGUCGGGCUUCGUCCUGAAACAAAUUUGGAGGCGGUGGAGCAGGCAUUCCAUAGAAGGAAGAAAUGGGAGAUGGAGAUGUCAAGGUACGAAGUGGCAGAUUACAAAAUUCUCCGUCACCGUGGGCCUCAACUACCUAUACUGGAGCCUCAGAUCCUUUUUAGAUAUCCCCCUGGAAAACUAAUGGCUAUGCGUCCAAAGGAUCUAGCAACUUUCUGUUUUCCUGGUGGUGUCAAGGCACGGCUCUUGGAGAGGACACCAUCGCUAAGUGAUCUAAACGAGCUUGUGUAUGGACAGGAACAUCUAGGGACAGAUGAUUCGUCAUUUAUAUUUUCAUUCAAGGUGGCAAAUGAUUCAACCCUCUAUGGCGUUUGCUUGCAUGUCUCCGAGAUUGUUCAAAGGCCACCUGGUGUAUUAAGUACUUCAUCACCCUUGCAUUCACGUGGAGCAGGCAGUCGUUUUUUGGUUUCUGCACCUCGAUGCUAUUGCUUGCUAACCCGAGUUCCUUUUUUCGAAUUACACUUUGAGAUGUUAAACAGUAUGAUUGCACAGGAGCGUCUGAAGCGGAUAACUGACUUUGUUAGUGAGAUGUCCAUUGCUGCUUCAUGUUGCACUCCAUCACCUUCCAGGCCAAAGCAUCAGGCCAAUGGAAAUGCCGAUUCACCUGUCAGAAAUCCCAAUGAUUGGAUGGAUUCUGCCAUACCAGUUGACAGUGUCAUAGCACUCACGGCUGCUGCAGCGGGAUUUAUAUCUGAUGAUGACAUUGCAGUGUCUUCUCAGAAGAUAGUUGAACCUUGGUCUCCUGACAGUGUCACUAAUGGUUCUUCGGAUGCAAUUCAUGCCAAGGAAAUAGAAAGAGAUGGGAGAAAGGGUUCUCAAUGUUAUGAUGAUAAUUCCUCUGAAGCUUCUGAGACCCGCUUGGAUAUUCCCGAGAAAAUGUACAAAGACUCUGAAAAUGGUCACACUUCUCCAGAGGUUAAAUUGUCUGAUUCUAGGAUCCAGCCCAUGGAGGGUAUUGUAAGCGCUGAUUCCAUGUUCAGUUCAGUUAGAAGCGUGUUGUCGGAUGAGGUUGAUGAUGGCGGUUUAUCCAACAGUGAAAAUGAUUUUGGAGAUGACUUAAUAAUGGAAUGGGCUAGGGACCACAAAAAUGAUUCACUGCAAAUAGUUUGUGGCUACCAUUCACUGGCAGUGCCUUCACGAGGAGAUAAAAUUCUUUUCCAGCCUCUAGAUCAUUUACAGGCGAUCGAGUACAUGCGUCCCUCUGUUUCAAGCCUUGGACUGUCAGAAGAGUAUCUUGAUUCCUUUGAUGCUGCAGAGGUAAACGCAAGGUUGGCAGCUGUCGAAGAGGCCCUGGCUCUCUCAACGUGGACAACGGCAACAAUUUGUCGUGUCCUUUCUCUUGAAACUAUCAUGGUACUGCUUGCUGGAGUAUUAUUAGAGAAGCAAGUUGUUGUAGCCUGCCCAAAUCUGGGUGUAUUGUCAGCUACUGUAUUAUCUCUCGUCCCAUUGAUUCAGCCAUUUCAGUGGCAGAGUUUAUUGCUUCCAGUUCUACCGGGAAGGAUGUUUGAUUUUCUCGAGGCACCUGUCCCUUUCCUUGUUGGUGUACACAGCAAUUCUGCUGAUGCGAAGAACAAGACGUCUAAUCUUAUUUUAGUUGAUGUUCUCAACGAUCAGGUGAAAACAUGUGAUUUGCCUGCAUUGCCUCGGUGUAGAGAACUCAUGGCUCAGCUGAGUCCAAUUCAUGCCACACUAGCACAUCAAAGCUCGUUUGCCAGAAGGAACCCGGUGAAUAAAUGCAAUGAAGUGCAGGACGAAGCGGCGAAGAAGCUUUUAACAGUGAUGAGGCAAUACAUGGAAUCUCUAUGUUCAGACUUGCGGUCUCAUACAAUAACCAGUGUUCAAUCUAACUCUGACAGGGUAUCUUUACUUCUCAAAGACAGCUUCAUCGAUUCAUUUCCAUGUAGAGACAGGCCGUUCAUUAAGAUGUUCGUAGACACGCAACUGUUUAGCGUACUGUCAGAUUCUCGUUUGUCAAGCUUCGAGAAUGGACAUGUCUAACGAUACACAUACACACCUGUAGAAGGAAGACUCGUAUCCAUCCAUCUAUACACCGAAGAGAAGGAACUCAAAAACUGGUGAAAGCCGAGGAGGAAAGGGGUAACAACUACUUUUUACCGUUGGAAAUUACCCCCACAAGCUAACGCAGGUUUUGUCCACUAUUAAAGAAUAUUAGGGUUGUUAGAAUAUUAGUUUGUUGAGCUUGUUAGUAUUUUUUAUUUUGUAUUUUAUAUUUUAUUUUUACUAUUUGAUCUUUCUAUAUAAAUAUUUUGUACCCCUUUUACUAUG